AUGGACAUCUCAUUAGUCGAUCCCGAGCAAUCCACAUCGCUGUCGCGGGCCGGAGGUAGAAGGCGAGACGAGAACUAUUCUUCCUCAGCACACUCGGACACGCCAUUGCAUCCACGGAGAAAUCUAUCCUUCGACACAAUCGGUGCACAAUUGCUGAAAGCUAAGCAUGUUCACCAUCAUGUGCACGACCUCCGAUUCAAGGAGAGGAUACGGCAUUUUACUUGGACUUGGUUCACCAUGACGAUGGCCACCGGCGGCGUGGCGAACGUCAUCUACCACGUACCAUACCGAUUCAAUGGCCUCUACACCAUCGGCUGCAUGUUCUUCAUCCUCAAUAUGGUUCUCUUCCUCUUCAACGUCACCAUGAUAUCGUGUCGGUUCUACCUCUACCCACACACCUUCAAGGCUUCGUUUCUGCACCCCACCGAGAGCCUGUUCAUCCCGGCCUGGGUGAUCUCGCUCGGCACUAUCCUGAUCAACAUCUCCGAGUAUGGCAUUGGCAAAGCAGGCCCGUGGCUGAACCAUGUCAUGUGCAUAAUGUUCUGGAUCUAUUGUGCCUUGGCAGUUUUCUUUAGUCUAGGAAUCUACCUCGUCAUGUGGAGCACCCAGACGUUCACCAUUGCAGAGAUGACGCCUGUAUGGAUCUUUCCAGCGUAUCCUCUGCUUGUCAUCGGUCCUCACGCGGCCGUGCUAGCCAACAAGAUCGGAAAGGAGCGAGGUCUCGACAUCGUCAUGGGCGGUUUCAUCUUCCAAGGCAUUGGCUUCAUGGUUUCCCUGAUGAUCUACGCCGCCUUCAUAUAUCGCCUAAUGACACACAAGCUGCCCAAGGAGUCUCUCCGGCCGGGAAUGUUUAUUAGCGUUGGUCCAAGCGGCUUUACGAUUUCUGGCUUGGUUGGUAUGGGACAGGUCAUCCCAGAACUUCUGCCAGACGAUUUCAUGGGGGACGGCGUGCUCGCUGGUAAGGUUAGCAGGAUCAUGGCUAACUGGGCGGGCCUGUGGCUUUGGGGACUAGCCAUCUGGUUCUUCUUUGUCUCGGUCGGUGCACAUUACUCGACUGUUAGAGAAGGCGGUGUGAAGUUCGCCAUGACGUUCUACUCCUACGUCUUCCCCAACACGGCAUUGACGGCGUCAACUUUUGCCAUUGCGAAGGCUCUCAAGAACAAGCCCAUCGGCAUCCUUGGUUGUGUAAUGACAUGCCUACUCAUCUGCGCGUGGGCUGCUAUCUUCGGCUUGAUGAUACACGCAGUCAUGGUCAAGGACAUUUUAUGGCCGCAGAAACAAGAGGACCGAGCCGAAGGAGGCUGGGAAGUUCAUCCGGAUGAGAAGAGAGCCUGCGACCCGAGCUGCGAUAGUGGAGUGCUUGCUGGGAACGGGGUGGCGAAUGGUCCACAGGUGCCAUCGGCGCAGGAUAAUACGGAUGGUCAGAAGAACGACGAUGGUGUCAUGUUAAGUAAGCGCCGCCAGUAUGGUAAUACUGGGCAGAGUGCCUCUUCGGCUGCUGAUCGUUAUAUCGAUAUUAUUGGAAGAAGUGCGAGAACAGCUCAAGGGAGACCGGAAGAUAUGGUAUGA